AAAAAAAUAAAAAAAAAUUUAAAAAUAAAAUAAAAUAAAAUAAAAAUAUAUAAUUUAUUGAGUAUGCCUCCCAUGCCCCCUUCUCAUUAUAAUAGACAUAUUAAACCUAAAAAAAACAAGAAAAACGACACUAAACCCACUUUAAUCAAUACCUUUAACGAUAAUAACGAUAUUAACGACUUAAAUGAUAUGACUGAAUCCAUUGGCAUCAGCGAUAAUUCAUCUUCUGUCUCAAACAAAACCGCUACUAUCUCAAGAUCUACUUCAAGUUCAAAUAUAACACUCAAAAACAGCUCAAGAGCUGGCAUAAAGUCUUCUUUGGGCUUUACACUAAAAGCUGGUUCAGAAUCUGGCUCAAGAACCACUCUACCUCUUACUGCUGUAUCGAGCCCAAUUGCUUGUUCAAGAACUGGUACAACAACCACUGCUUCUGCUAAUGCCUCUGCUUCUGGCUAUAACUCAACCUAUUCCUCUCCAUCGAAAGCCACACCUACCAAUUCUACUACCUCUCCCACCUCUCCCAAUUCUGCUAACCCUUCUAGUUCUACUAAUAGAUUUCCUUCUUCUUCCUCCUCCUCUUCCUCUUCCUUUUUUGGAAGACUUUUACCCAAAUCCUUUUCAACCUCUUCUUCAAUUCCUCCCACUACUUCUUCAAUUGCCCUUACUUCUUCUGCAAUUCCUUCUUCUAUUUCCAAUAAAAAUUUAGAAAUAGUCAACUCAAAUAAUACAAUUAGCUUGGAUGUUUCAAAUACAAACAAUUCAAACAAUUCUCAUCUCUCAAACCAAUCCAAUCAGUCAGACCAAUCCAAUCAGUCAAACCAAUCUAAUCAGUCAAACCAAUCAAUUCAAUCCCACCAAUCAAAUGAAUCUUCUGCUACCUCAACAACCUUUUCAAGAAUCUUCUCUUCAAAUAAAAAACAUCAUUACAGGAAAAAAGUUCUAAACCAAAGAUCCUUUUCAAAUAUAAUUAACUCUUCUUCUCAGUCUUUAAUCACUAAAUCUGAUCUCAAUUCACCUCUAUCUUCCAAUAUAAACCUAAAUUCAAACCCUGCUUCCAAUUUAGACUCAAACCCAACUGCUUAUUUAAUAGACCAAUUCAAUACUCUACUAACAGGUUUACCAAACCAAAAAUUAAAUGCAAUCCUCAAAUUAACUGACUCCAUAUCAAAAAAUAAAUUCCAUUCUCUGCAAAUAAACAACAUUUGGUUAAAUGCUUCUCAUUUACUAUCAAGAGAUUUAUCUUCCUCUCUAAGAAAGGAUAUCUUAAAUCUACUAAUCCAAUGCAUCAAAGCUGACAACCUCUCAUCAAAUAAUACUGUAAAAUUAAUCUAUUAUAGAUCCAUCUUAAUCAAUUAUUACUUCAAUCUCUCCAUUCCACAAAAUAAUGUUAUUAAUAAUAUUGAACUAAAUAAACAUCUUUCUUCAAAUUUAUCCAAAAAAGUUCUAGACCCCAAUUUUGACUUGUUCAUUGACGCUUUAACUUUAUUAAUCGAUAAUUCCUCUGCUUUUUCUUCUUCUAAUAAUGCCAAACAUGUUUCUACUUCUACUAAUAAUGCUUCUACCUCUUCUGCUAACGCCAUUUCUGCUUCUAAUUCUAAUCAUAUUUCUAAUUCUGCUUCUAAUUUUAAUUCUGCUGCUGCUUCUGCUUCUGCUUCUGCUUCUGUCUCAAACACUAAUAAUCUUCCUUCUAUUCCAACAAAUGCUAAACCAAUUGACUUGAAUAAAAUGAGCUUUCAAAUUGAUUUAAUUAAUUCAAUAAAACAGGAUAAUAACUUUAUUUUAAGAGAUUUAACCUCCUCCUCAAAGAAUUAUAACAUUGACCUUUAUUAUACAAUUAGUUUACCAACUUUUAUCAAUAAAUCUUUUACAAACGAUAUUCUAUUAUCUCCCAAACUUUUAAAUUCCUUAAUCAAUUUCUUGGAUUAUUUAAUUAAUCUCUUACCUAAUAGUAACUUCGACAAAUCAAAUUUAGAAAUUUUCUUAUCAAACAUUCUUUAUUUAUCUUCAAUAACUGAAAAUGGAAACGUUUUUCGUAAUUGUUUAACUAUUAUUAAUCAGUUGUCUUUAAAUAGAAAAUUUCCAAACUCUUUAUUUAUCACCCUCAUCAAUUAUUUAGCAUGCUAUUCAAUGAUUAAAGUCGAAAGAAUCAACUAUGACCCUGUAAUUUCUGACAUUAUUAGAAACUUACUAUCUUUUACUAAUAAUAUUCACACACCUUUAAAUAAAAACUCAUUUUUGCAAAUUAACCAAAUUUUACUUUAUAUCAUUUCUGGCAAACAUUUAAACCAAACGUUAAAAUAUCAAAAAAUUAAUGAAAACAUUGAUGCAAAUAAUAUCACCGAAAGUAAACUUAACAACAAUUUUAAUUUUAAUUCCAAUCCUAGUCUUUCUUCCAAUCCUUCAUCCACUUUUUCUUUCUCUAAUAACUUUAAUUUCGACUUUUUGUUCACACCUAAUGAUAUUGAAUCAAAAAAUGCUGAUCAAACUGAUAAUUCUGAAGAUAAUUACUAUAGCGAUUAUUAUGACAAUGAACAUAAUAAUGAUCGUGAUAGUAUUCAUGACAAUGACCACAAUAAUGAACAUAAAAAUGAAAACUUUGAUGACACUUAUCUUUAUGAGGAUUUAUCACUAAGAUUCGCCAUCAUCCAACCAAAUGAUGCUCAACACAUGGAAAUCUUUUCUCAAAAGAUUAAUCAUGAAAAUACUGUUGCUGGCUCACUAAAUUUAUUAAAACAAUUGCUUUCUUACUAUUUGGAAAAUUUUAAAAACAAUUAUCGUUAUACCUUUGAGGGUCUUUUUAACUCUUUUUAUUCUGCUGUAAAACAUAACAAUUCUUUUAUUGUAUCAAAAAAAAUUUUGGAAUUCAUUCUUUAUAUCAUAAACAAUAGUCAAAAUUUUUUGUUUUACUCAAAUAAUUACUGGGAUUUUGGUAAUAAAGAAAGUGGAAACUACACUAUUUUUGACAUCAUGGAUGCAAUUGAUUUUAAUCGUUAUGAUGAUGAUAACUGCACAUUAUUGUAUCUUUUAAAUUCAAUUCUUCACGAUUCUCAAAAUAUAUUAUCAAAUUUUGGCAAUCGAAAUUUUAUUAAAUUUGCAGUUAAAAAUCUUGAAUUAUUAGAUAGCCCAACUUACCACUUAAUUGUUGAUUAUUAUGAAGAUAAAGAUUAUUUAAAUCCCUCAGCUUUAAACCCAGCAGCCUUUCAAACGCUAUCAAAGAUAUAUUGCCACAAUUUGUUGAAACAUAAAUUUAUUGCAAACAGAAAGUGCUCUGACAAUAUUUUUAAGGAGUUGGUUUUUGUCGAUGUUUCUCUCAGAAAAAAAAUUUUAAAACUUUUUAAUAAUACUUAUGAAGAAGCGGUAAAUCUCUCUUUAGCUAGUGAAAUUGUUGCUUUUGCAAUCCAGUAUCUUUUUGGCAUGACAGAUGUUUGUUAUGAGCUUCUUGAGAUGCCAAAAACUAAAAAUUCCAAUUGCAAUUUUUUCAUGAUUGAAAAGUUGGCUGGGGAUAGUGAGACUUACUCCGAAGCAAGCUUUAUCUUGGACAAAUUGCUUUGUGAUGUCUUUUCCAAUGUUGAGUUUGAGUUAUUUCAGGAGCUUUUUUUGAAAAAAAUCAUGGGUUUUUUCUACACCAAAGAUCUUAAAACCUAUCUUAAAUUGUGUCUGGCAAUCCCCUAUAAUUUUACUUUUUCUUCCAAUAAUAACUAUUCUUAUUUUUCUAAUAGUAUCAAUCAUUAUUUUUCUACUUCUACUUCUACUAGUAAUAGUAAUAAUCAUUAUACAGACUCCAGAGGCAAAACUAAGGACUUAAAACCGGAAAAAUAUUUAUUUUCUGAUGUCCCUGAUUGCUAUUCUCCUCCAGAAAAAUUACUUUCUUAUGUUAUUGCUCUAAUUAAAAUUUUCAUCAAAUCUUCUGCUAAUAACGAUACUCUUAAGCCAUCCAUUAUUUAUCAGCUUUUACUUAAGAUUUCAUAUCAUUGUUUAUUUAAUCUAGCCAAACCCGAGUUCAGCACCAAUACUGAUAGUCUCGAUACUUUAAAAAUCAUUUUAUGUUUCCUCUUAAAACUAAGAGCAACUAAUGAGAAAAGAAUUUAUUUUCUCUAUUAUGAUUUGCCUGAAAAUGGGUUUAUUUUAAAAGAUUUUGAUGUUGCAAAAGAAGAUAAAGAGAUUUCAGAGCUUUUUGAAUUGGAAUAUGGUAUUUAUUCAACUGAAAUUAGAAUUAAUAAUGAUGAACAUAAUGCAGAUUUAUUAAAUAAUUAUAUUGAUCCAGAUUAUCUAUUAGGGUUGUAUAUUGAAGUUUUGACUAGAUGCGAAGAAAUGGAGAUAGUUAUAUUUGUUUGGUAUUGUCUUCAUUUUCAAAUGUCAAAUUUAGCUUUGUUUGAAUAUUCAAAUGUUAAAAUUAAACAGUUGUGUCAAUUAGCUUGUGACAAUAUUCAACUCAACAACACUUUUCUUUUGAAAAUAAAUAUGGACGUUAAAAAAGCUUUACAUUGUUUUCAUGUUAAAUUAUUGGGAUCUAUUUUACCAUAUGAAAAAGUUCUUUCUGCUGAUGAUAAAAACACGAUUGUUUAUUCAUUAUUUAAGGGAUUAAGUACUCUUCAUAUUGAUGGAGUUAGAGAGUGUAUUCAAGUAAUUACAUUAUGUUGUUAUGAAUAUCCAGAUUCAGUCAAAAAAACACUAAAACCGAUUACCACAAAAUUGCAAAGCUUAAUUUCAAACAAGAAAUAUUCACCUUUUAUUUUAGAAUUUUUAUUAUCCUUAGUUCACUUACCUUCUUUGACUUCGAACUUCACUGUAAUAGAUUAUCAGUCAAUUUUUGCUAUUGCUUUUACAUUUAUUGAUGCAUUUAAAGAUCAUAAUACCGAUAUUUCGAUAAAGAGAUCAUCAACAAUAUCACAAAAACGAAAUAGUGUUGAGGCACCACAUUUGGUUAUCACACAAAAAACGUUAACUAGAGACAAACCGGAUCCUCUUGAUAAUGAAAGAAUUUCAGACUAUUUGAUAUCUACUUCUUAUGAUGUCAUUAUUACCUGGUUUUUGAAAAUGAAUAUUGAAAUGAGACAAAAAGUAGUUCCUUAUAUUGUAAAGAAUCUUUUCAGUAGAGUUGAAGAUGCUAAUAUUGUUGAUAUGAAAGAUAGUCAAAGUUAUGUUUGCCUUGAUUUGAUUAGAAGGUUUGCAUGUGCAAAUUUCGAUUUAGCAGUGACUAUUAGGGAGGAAGAAUAUUUGAAGGAUAAACUUUAUCAAACACAAACAUGGAUUUGUGGUGGAAGUAUUGUUACAAUUCACAGCAAAGGUUCUGAAGGAGAAGCGGUGAUGUUUAUUAGAACUUCUUGCGGUAUUUUGAGAUUUGAAAUGAAAAUUGAUAAGGCAAUGAUGGGAUAUUCAUCUGUUGAGAAUUUAACUGGAAAUGGGAAUCAGUUGUUAUCUUAUGGGGUUCCAACCAAUUUGGUUUAUCCAAAUUUCUAUUUAACACAACUCAUACACCAUAUGUUUGAUGAAUCUCAUCCGAUUUUAGUUCCUGAUAAAUACAUGAACCAUAUUAGAACAGUGAUUGAUAAUAUAUUAGUUGUUGAUUAUUUUAAAUUUGGUAUUAUUUAUAUUGGAGUUGGGCAACGAGAUGAUAAUGAGAUUUUAUUAAAUAGAGGAGGAUCGAUGGCUUAUUAUGAAUUUUUAAAAGGGCUUGGGUAUCUAAUUAGAUUAAAAGGUGAUACACAACAUUUUACAGCUGGAUUGGAUAAAAAAAACGAUCGUGAUGGCAAAUAUGCUUAUGUUUGGAGAGAUCAGAUUAGUCAAGUAGUAUUUGAAACAACGUCAAUGAUGCCUAAUUAUGAAGAUGAUCCUACGUGUGAUAGAAAAAUAGAACAUAUUGGAAACACGUUUGUUAAUAUCUUUUUUGACGAAUCUGGAUAUCCUUUCAAUCAUAAAUUUGGGGCUUUUAAUACAGUUAAUGUUGUGAUUUCUCCUGCCAAUGUAUCAGAAGUGAACUGUGAUUGUGAUGAUGAAGGUGAUGCUGAAAUUGAAAGCGAAAUAAAAUCUGAAACCGAAGCUGAAACCAAAAUUGAAAAUGAUUUUGGUUCCGCAAUUAAAACUAGAAACAACUAUGAAAGUGAGAGGAUUCCAGAGAUUAGGACUAAGAUUGAUGUCAAGGCCCAAAGCAAGGCUAAAAAAGCUGAGAGAAUCAGAAAAUUAAGAGAUUUGAUGUUCAGGGUUCAGGUCUUUCUAGUGGACGAUACCAUCCCCGAGGUGUUUUCAGCAUGCAGCUACAAAAUUGUGUCUCAUCGGAACCUUGCAAUGUAUGUGAGAAACAUCUGUCUUUUGGCAACCGACUUUUCGUCGAUCUGGAAACUUCAAAGCUCAUAUGUUUCGAACUGGAACAAGAGAUUCAAGUGCAUCGAAACCCUCACCAGAAGGGUGAAGAAGGAGCAGAAGGAAAGAGGCACGCAGCGUCCUGACAGCUUGGGCAACUACGCUCUCGGAGGCGACGACGACGAAUCGAGAGCACGAUCCAGGAUCUUCCUGAAGUUCAACUUCGCCCCAUAUAUCUGAGGCCUGGCGAGUCUGUUGAUUCAGGUGCUGCUGCUGCUGCUGCCG